CACCACCAGCACCACCAGCACCACCAGCACCACCAGCACCACCAGCACCUUCACUCCCAGCCCACCACUGGAGAACACAACUGAGAGCAGCCCCGCUUUGUCCACCCUGAUUGCAGAGACAUCCCCAACGAGCCCCAGUACCACCCCAGGGACCACAGCAGUGGGUGUGACAGUGCCAAAAUCCACAGAGCCCCCCGUGUCGCUGCUCAGCACCGCAGCCACCACUCCUCCCUCCAGCCCGGACACAGAAGCCCCCACCUCAGUGAUGCCCAGCACCACCCAGGCAACCAGCAGUGCUGCCCCCACUUCAGCACACACAGCUGCACCACCUGAGCCCUCUACAACUGUGGUAGACACCACCACCAUCUCCAUCAUCAGCACAGUGGUCCCCAGGAGCACCCCCAGUCCCAGCCCACCCUUGGGGAGCACCACUAGAACCAGCCCUGAUGUCUCCACACUGACCACAGGAGCACCUCCAGACACCUCGACGGCACCACAGAACCCCAAUGCCACCCCAGGUGCAUCUCAGCUCUUCCUCUCCAUGCAUCUCAUCACUCCUCUGGACAUGGGGAACACCACGGUGCAGGAGCAGCUCCUGGCCAAGAUCCACAAGGACCUGCAGACCGCCUUCCCACAUGCCAGGGUCCUGCUGCAGUGGAGAGGGGAGAAGCUGAUCUGAGCCCAUCACCGGGGGAUGCUGGGCAGGACUGAGCCAUCCUGCACCUCCUGUCCUUGUCCCUCUGGGUAACCCGCACAGUCCCAUCUGCUUCCCUGCAGCCCAGUACCCCUCUGUGCCCCGUUUUCUACCCCUUCCCACAGCCACUCUGCAGCCCCAUAACACUGAUAAUAAAGAAGUAGCUCUACAGCCCCCCACCCUGCCCCAUUAUCACCAUGCAGCAGUGGCCCUGCUGGAAUUCAGGGUAAAGCAGGAGGCUCCAUCAGCCCCCAACCCCCAACAAGCUGUGCAUGCCAUGGGGCCAUGAAAAUCCUGUGGGCUGAGCUCCUUCCCUGUUUUUUUCCAGUCCCUGGUUGAGGAGACGGCCGCACCGUCUGCCUCCCCUGCAGCAAAGUCAUUUAUUAACUGAUUAAUUAGCCAGAUAAAAUGAGAGCGAAGCAAUUAUUACUCUAAGCAAGUCACCUCGCAGGGAGAUUAAAAGUGGAAUAAUGAGCAAAAA